AUGAACAGAUACAGUACCCUCAAACAGCUCGGAGAUGGCACUUAUGGAUCGGUCAUCCUCGGACGCAAUCUAGAGUCCGGAGAACUUGUUGCCAUUAAGAAGAUGAAAAGAAAGUUCUACUCAUGGGAAGAAUGCAUGAACCUUCGGGAAGUUAAGUCUUUAAAGAAGCUCAACCACGCAAAUGUAAUCAAGCUGAAAGAGGUCAUCAGAGAAAAUGAUCACUUGUAUUUUAUUUUUGAGUACAUGAAGGAAAAUCUGUACCAGCUAAUGAAAGACAGGACUCGUUUGUUCCCCGAAUCAGCUGUUAGAAAUAUCAUGUUUCAAAUCCUUCAGGGGCUUGCAUUCAUUCAUAAACAUGGGUUUUUCCACAGAGACAUGAAGCCCGAGAAUCUUCUGUGCAUGGGUCCAGAGUUGGUGAAGAUCGCUGACUUUGGCCUCGCCCGGGAGAUAAGAUCUCGACCACCGUACACGGACUAUGUGUCAACCAGAUGGUACCGCGCUCCAGAGGUCCUCCUCCGAUCCAUAUCCUAUAGUUCUCCCAUAGACCAAUGGGCGGUGGGCUGCAUUAUGGCUGAACUUUACACACUCAGGCCUUUAUUUCCCGGCUCCAGCGAGGUGGACACCAUAUUCAAGAUUUGCCAAGUUUUGGGUACACCAAAGAAGAAUGAUUGGUCGGAGGGAUUCCAGCUGGCCAGUGCCAUGUAUUUCCGUUGGCCCCAAUGUGUUCCCAGUAAUCUGAAGACACUGAUUCCUAAUGCCAGUCCAGAAGCCAUUCACCUGAUGACUGACCUUCUCCAAUGGGACCCUAAGAAAAGACCAACUUCUGCACAGGCUCUCAGGUACUCGUACUUCCACGUGGGCCAAGCUCUGGGCACCCCACAGCAGAUCCUGGAGCAGGGCAGACCUCAGCCUCAUCCGAUGCCCCCACAACUGCCCAUAUUACAGCCCCAGCAGACUCCACAGCAGCAACCCUUACAUCUGAGGCCCGUGCCCCCCUCUCAGCCGCCGCCUCACAAUCAACACUGCACCCCCUCCAGGCCUGCGCAGCAGCUGCAGGCCUCCCCUAUUCCAGGCCCCACAGCGCCAUACCAACGCCACGUGGAGCUGAUUCGAGAGCAGCAACCAAAACACCUUCUCAAGCAGGAACCCAGAGAAAAAACACCACAGACUCAUCUACCUUUCAUUCCUGACAAGAGCAAGACGAGGCAAGAAAGCGAUAAUGCGACCCCACUGAGCUAUCAGAUGAAAGCCAAGGGAGGGCGUCGCCGCUGGGGUCACGUCACGGGACACUUGAAAGGGGACGAGUGGGAUGACUACGAAGACGUUAAUUUGACAGCAGCGAGUGUUGUGGGAAAAAACUUCUCCAAAGAGAAGACGAGGCAGCCGGAAGAGCCGCUUCGAAGAUAUAGUGACAUUCUGGACUUCAGUCGACCAAACUGCAAAGAAGAAGCACCUUUAAACCUAAACAAGGCAUCAGGCUACCAGGAAGCAUCAAGGACAGCGUCUGCCAAACAACACUACCUAAGGCAGUCUCGAUAUUUACCAGGUAUUGGCACAAAGAAAAAUGUGGCCAUAAACACAAAUAAAGACAUGUCGGGGAGCCAUCUGUGGGGAAACAAGAGUAUUCCGUUUGGUGGUACACUACCAAGCAGAGGUCUUCACGGCACAAAUACAAACCUAGGAGGAUACAUGCCAACGUUUUACACAAAAGAUGCUGGCUCUGUUAGUCACAGAACUCAGAAGGGUCCUAGUUUGGAAUCAACAGCAUCAAAUUAUGCAACAUGGCGAUCAGGUCGGAACCAGAGGAACGCCUCCACCAACGUGGCCAACAAAAGCCCCCCUUGUCUAUUACCGCGUGCACCAGCACAGACAAUCCACGGGCGAAUAGACUGGUCUGCCAAAUAUGGACACCGCUAG